AUGCCGGCGCGUACACCGCACGGGCAUUACCCGCAUGCGCCACAGCCACGAUUCCGCUUCCGCCGCGUCGUGCGGUACUCGCGCUACGAGCGCCAAACGCGGCCCGUGCGCCACCCUUCACUGCCCGCAGCACGGGGUAACACGCAAAGGGGGCAGGGCUGGGGAGAAGCGGAAGGAGCGGCGGAAGAUGGGGGGGAGGGGGGCGGCGUGGGCGGAAGGGGUGGACGGGGGAGCGCUGGCAGGCCGCAGGGCGAGGUGGUUGGCGGAGAAGUUAGUGGAGGCGGGUGGGGGGACGAAGGAAGCAGACUGAGAGAACAGAUAUGGUCUUGGUCCUGGGCGGCAAGGGUAAUAUCUGGGUGGACAAACGGGCAGGUGAAAGGACAGUACUUCCAAGUGAACGAGCCGGAAGGGCAGGUGAACGGGCAGCAGAGUGUGAGGAGUGUGGAGCGAGGGGAGGGGGAGGGCGCGACUGGAAGUGCUGACAUUUGGUCGUCUGAAUCUGGGAUGGGUGGUGGUAGCAGCAACACUGCUGGUUCUGGUUCUGCUGCUGGUGUGAAGAAAGGAGAUGGUAUGGGUGUGUGUGCGGACAAGCGUGUGUGGGGGACGGGCGGGGGAGGUGCCGUAGAUGGUGCAGCUGGGGGGGGCGAGAGGGUGGAGGCAGAGGCGGAAGGGCAAGAGAGAGUCCAGGACUGGGGUGCAGGAAGGGCCAUGGACGUGGAUGGUGACGUGGAUGGUGACGUGGACGUGGCAUUGCAUGCCUGUGCUAGAGGCCUGCGGAGCUCGGACCAACAGCCUUCGCCUGCCGCUGCUGGCACUGCGGGCAGCACUGCUGAUUCUGGUGCGACUCCUACCAGGCCUGCUACUACCAAACCAUCCCUGCUGCCAUCCCCGCUGCCAUCCCCGCUGCCAUCCCCGCUGCCAUCCCUGCUACCAUCCCUAUUGUCCCUACCAUCACUGACGUGCUAA